AUGUCCACCACAUCCAACGCUGAUGGCGAUGCCGCCGACGCCAACGAAACGGUGGAUACAAAGACGAAAAAGGCGUACAAGAUCCACCCGUUCUACCGCUAUGGCAAUGUCCACUUUAUCACCACAGAUGAUGUCCUUUUCUCUUGCCACCUCGACAGCCUCACAGAGAUAAGCUCCUUCUUCCGCGACCUCAGCGAGAUUCCGCAGCCCCCCGGCAAGAAAGCCACGACAACCCGAAUGUCGGGCCAAGACCUCCACGAUCAACUCGCGCAGCUAUCAAUCGAAGAACAUGAAGACAUCGCCAAACACACAGACGCAGCCGUCGUCUUUCCCGAAUGCGGCUCGGAAGCGCUCGAGCCGUGGUUGAACCUUAUUCUGCUUGCGGAGAUGAGCAGUGUCAACCUCAAUAUCACGCUGGAAGGGUGUCAGCAGCUGUACGUGUUGGUGGACAAAUAUGGUUGUGGCGAACGGGUGGUCGAGAGUCUGCGCUCGCAGAUUCUGAAUUUGGUGGAAAAGCUUUCGGCGAUAGACAUAUUCAUCUUCGCCUCGCAAGUGGAUGACAAGAUACUGGGUAAGAAGGUACUUGAAUUCAUCACAAACGACAGUCUCUUUGAGAGAGGGUUUCAUCCGCGGAUUCAGAGGCUUAGCUGUCACUGGGGUCUGGCUGUGUACCAGGCAGUCUUCAAGGUGGAGCCAAACAUCAAGCCCUCCAUUUGGUGUUCUGCGUCACAUGAGGCGAAUCAUCAAGGUCUGCAAGUCACGGGUGUCGAUCCUCUGUGCUAUAUCAAUGCAUAUGGUUGGAAGCUGGCUCUUUCGGUAUCUUGGUUUGGCGACGUGAAGCUGUAA